AUGAUUGUGCCUAGCACGGCGGUGCGACGGGGCGGGCUGGUCUCGGCGCACCAGCUUGCCCAGCAGCUCGAGGAGGGACAGGCGCAGCGGGCGCGGCGGUACGCGCGGCUCUCCGCCCUCCGCGCCCAGCACCUCCAGCUCCACAGCCUCGGAUCGCGCGCACAUCCGCGCCGUUACCGCCGCCCCAUGUCGCGCGCCGCUCCGCGCGGCCACCCCGGCGGCUGGCCCGCUCCGCACCCGGUACACGCCGCGCGCCACUCGCCGCUCGCGACACGCGCCCGCACGCGCGCUCUGACCCGUCGCAGGGCCGAGACUCGUGUGCCGCACACACUAGCGCCGCCUGCUCGGCGCGCGCAUCCUACACCGAUACUGAUUAUGCCACCGCCCCGGUGUUGCCGUCUCUUCUCAGUGUUUACUCCUAAUAAAACUGAUAGCCAUGGGGAAAAUCUAAAAACUUGA